AUGCAAGCAGCAAGAUGUCCCACUGAUGAGCUGUCCUUAACCAACUGUGCUGUGGUGAAUGAGAAGGACUUCCCAUCUGGGCAACAUGUUGUUGUGAAGACUUCUCCCAACCACAAAUACAUUUUCACGCUGAGAACCCAUUCCUCGGUUGUUCCUGGCAGCAUCGCGUUCAGCUUGCCCCAGAGAAAAUGGGCUGGACUUUCCAUCGGACAAGAAAUAGACGUUUCCUUAUACACUUUCGACAAGGCUAAGCAGUGUAUUGGCACAAUGACAAUCGAGAUAGAUUUUCUGCAGAAGAAGAACAUUGACUCCAACCCCUACGACACAGACAAGAUGGCCGCUGAAUUCAUCCAGCAGUUCAACAGCCAGGCCUUCUCAGUAGGCCAGCAGCUUGUGUUCAGCUUUAAUGACAAACUUUUUGGGCUGUUGGUAAAGGACAUGGAGGCCAUGGACCCCAGCAUUCUCAAAGGGGAGUCUGGAGCAAGCAAAAAGCAGAAGAUUGAGGUUGGUUUGGUUCUUGGCAACAGUCAAGUCGCCUUUGAAAAAGCUGAGAACUCGUCUCUCAAUCUGAUUGGAAAAUGAAAGACCAAGGAGAACCGCCAGUCAAUCAUCAACCCAGACUGGAAUUUUGAGAAAAUGGGCAUUGGUGGCCUUGACAAAGAAUUCUCAGAUAUUUUCCGACGAGCUUUUGCUUCUCGAGUUUUUCCACCAGAAAUUGUGGAGCAAAUGGGCUGCAAGCAUGUGAAAGGCAUCCUCCUGUACGGACCUCCAGGCUGUGGUAAAACACUCAUGGCCAGACAGAUUGGCAAGAUGCUGAAUGCCAGAGAACCAAAGGUGGUCAAUGGUCCAGAAAUCCUCAAUAAAUAUGUGGGCGAAUCCGAGGCCAACAUCCGCAAGCUGUUUGCUGAUGCAGAAGAAGAACAAAGAAGGCUUGGAGCAAACAGCGGUGUGCAUAUCAUCAUUUUUGAUGAGAUUGAUGCAAUCUGCAAGCAGAGAGGAAGCAUGGCGGGUAGCACUGGAGUCCACGAUACCGUUGUAAACCAGUUGCUGUCUAAAAUUGAUGGAGUUGAGCAGCUCAAUAACAUCCUAGUGAUUGGAAUGACCAACAGACCUGACCUGAUUGAUGAGGCUCUGCUGAGACCGGGGAGGCUGGAGGUGAAAAUGGAGAUUGGCUUGCCCGACGAGAAGGGUCGAUUUCAGAUUCUGCAUAUCCACACGGUACGGAUGCGGGAACACCAGCUGCUGGCUGAAGACGUGGACAUUGCAGAACUGGCAGUCGAGACUAAAAACUUCAGUGGUGCUGAAUUAGAAGGUUUAGUUCGAGCUGCUCAAUCUACUGCUAUGAACAGACACAUUAAGGCCAGCAACAAAGUGGAAGUGGAUAUGGAGAAGGCAGAGAGCUUACGUGUGACAAGGGGAGACUUCUUUGCAUCUUUGGAGAAUGAUAUCAAACCAGCGUUUGGAACCAACCAGGAAGACUAUGCAAGCUACAUCAUGAACGGUAUUAUUAAGUGGGGUGAUCCGGUAACAAGGGUAUUGGAUGAUGGGGAGCUGCUUGUUCAACAAACUAAGAACAGUGACCGCACUCCUUUGGUUAGCGUUCUUCUAGAAGGUCCCCCCCACAGUGGGAAAACUGCUUUAGCAGCAAAAAUAGCAGAAGAAUCCAACUUUCCCUUUAUCAAGAUCUGUUCUCCUGAUAAGAUGAUCGGAUUUUCUGAAACAGCCAAGUGCCAGGCUAUGAAGAAGAUCUUUGAUGAUGCGUACAAGUCCCAACUCAGCUGUGUUGUCGUGGAUGACAUUGAGAGACUUCUAGAUUAUGUCCCAAUUGGACCACGGUUCUCUAACCUGGUGUUGCAAGCCCUCCUUGUACUGCUAAAGAAGGCGCCCCCUCAGGGUCGCAAGCUCCUCAUCAUCGGCACCACCAGUCGCAAGGAUGUCCUGCAGGAGAUGGAAAUGCUGAACGCUUUCAGCACGACGAUUCACGUGCCCAACAUUGCAACAGGGGAGCAGCUGAUGGAGGCUUUGGAGCUCCUGGGUAACUUCAAAGACAAGGAACGCAGCACUAUUGCGCAGAAUGUCAAAGGGAAACCUGUCUGGAUUGGUAUCAAGAAGCUGCUGAUGCUGAUAGAAAUGUCAUUACAAAUGGAUCCUGAGUAUCGGGUGAAAAAAUUCUUGGCUCUUCUGAGAGAAGAAGGAACAGUUCCUUCCCUAGACUGAAGGUGGACCAAGUGCAAGAUCAACAGCUGGAAAAGUGACCAACCUGGAGAAUAUACACUGGGAUCUUUGCUCUUCUGUGUUCAACACACUGGACAAAGCGAAACGCUCCCCUGUUUCCGAGAACCCAAUGUGGAACCUGCAUGUUUAGUGCAAUACAGUAUCUUUAUUCUUCAUCUUUUAAUAUACUGAUGUCAUGUGGAAGUGUCUUCUAGAACACCGUGCUUCUGUCUCUGUGCAGGCGAGGCUGCGUUCGCAUUUGAUUUUAGCAUGGGGGAAAUGUCCUGUAAGUUUUGAAGCUAACGCUCACUUGUGUCCAGCAUCCAGUUGCUACGAUAGGAGAGAAAUCCCGAUUUCUAAUAAAACCUGACAGUCUGUGGUGAAGGUAUAUUAAAGUACUUCUCUGUGUUAUCCUGAUCUGACGGACGCUUUCUUGUUAUGUCAUCUCAUGCCCCAUUGAACAC